AUGCAAUGCGAAGCCUCGUUUGUUGCCAGUCACGUGGUUUUCAACAAGACAACACAGGCCUCGAAGCGGGGCUUCAUUGACACGCCCCCUUAUUACUCGGCACUCAACAGAGCGAUACAAAGAGACAGCACCUCCUGGAGAGGCUGUUGGAUGCUGUUAAACAGGGUGAUCUGCUUGUGUGCCCAGUUUGAGGCGGUGCUACAGCACGGCCUGAGGAAGAGCAGAGGCCUGGCCCUCACUGCUGCUGCCCUUAAGCAGGCUGCAGGCUUCAGCAGCAAGACCGAAGCAGAGUUGACUUUUUGGUUCUAUGUGAAGGAGCACCUGAACCGCCACGAGCUCCACCGCUUCUACUCCCUGCGCAACAUCUCCUCGGAGCUGGGCCGGGGUCGCGCCUGGCUGCGCUGCGCCCUCAACGAGCACUCGCUGGAGCGUUACCUGCACACACUGCUGGCAGACCGGCCCCGUCUGGGAAGUUACUAUGAAGACUGGGCUUUUAUUCUAGAUGAGGAGCGAGCAAGUAUGCUUCCCACCAUGGCUGCAGGUCUGAAUUCAAUCUUGUUCGCCAUCAACAUUGACAACAGCGAUCUGAACGGCGGGGUGACACGAGGAGGCCCCUCGGUGUCCCACCUGCUCAAGGAGUCCACGCAGGGCAUCGGCAGCCUGUGGAAGGAGUCCACUCAGGGAGUUAGCAGCCUGCUCCGGGAGAUCAGCACUGCCACGACUGUGGUGCCCGGGUUCACCCCCCGAGCAGACGGAGCCUCUGACCCGCUGCCUGUCCUGCCACGCAGCACCUCCGCUGACUCAGGGCUGAGGAAAGAGCGUCGGAGGAAAAAGAAGAUCACCAACAUCAUCUCCUUUGAUGACGAUCUGGAUGGAGGGGCUGAGGAUGAGGAAGAGGGAGAAGAAGACUCCCAGAAGGGGAGGGUGAUGCGGAAAAGCUGGACUGCUCCAGCCCAGAGCAGCGUGGAGGAAGGGGUCGACCCGUUGGAGCCGACUUUCCCUGAGUUGCCCGACCAGAACGGCUUGGCCGAGCCUGGCAUCGUCAACUGGGUGGGGUCCCCGCACCCCUGCCGCACAACUCCCACAUCUACCCCUCCUUUGCCUGACAGUAAGAGUAUAGACAAUGAGGAAGAGGAGGAAGAGGAGGAGAUGUACAAACCCAGAUCACAAACCAGGGAGGAGCAGGAGGAGGAGGAAGAAAAGGUCCCUGCUGAUCAGUUAGUGGUGGGCAGUCUGUCCAGCGUGUGCACAUGGAGUCCUGUGCAGCCCAUGGCCGAGCAGAGCACCUCCGACAUCCUGAUCCCCCUGAACCCAGCUGACCCCCAGCCAGGUACUCGCACGUCCAUACACAGACACCGCAGCAUGAGCUCUGUGGAGGACGCGUCUGGGUUUCCCGUUCAGUGUGACUCGACAGGAUCGGUUGAAAACUGUCAGAGCGGCAGAUCCCAGCUGAUGUUUGGCGUGGAGUCAAGUCCACCAGAAAAGUCUGCUCCACUCUCCAGUGUGCUCCCAACAUCUGGUCUGCCAGAGUCCAUGACAGUUGUGGAGCUGCGGCAGGCCAUUGUAGCCAUGAUGAACAGGAAAGACGAGCUGGAGGAACAGAACACGUCUCUCCGGAGUCUUUUGGAUGGAGAGAUGGAGCACUCAGCCGGCCUAAGGCAGGAGACUGAUUUGCUGAAGAAAAAGCUAGCUGAGCUGGAGGAGAGAAAUGGAGCCAAAGUCCAAGCGUUGGCCAGGUAA